CCCAUUCAGCAACAUGACUCCGCUGCUGGUCUUAGUGCUGUGCGUGGCUGCAGUUCAUGGCUGUGGUGUUGCCACCUACCCACCUGCUGUAUCCAGAGUGGUCAAUGGGGAUGAGGCUGUUCCACACAGUUGGCCCUGGCAGGUGUCUCUUCAGUAUAUCUAUAAUGGAUUGUGGUAUCACACAUGCGGGGGAAGCCUCGUUGCACCCAACUGGGUUCUAACGGCUGCUCACUGUAUCAGCUCAGCCUAUACUUACAGAGUGCAACUUGGGAAACACAAUCUUGGACAGAAUGAAUCCGGCCAGAAAACAAUCAACGUCAUUAAACUAAUUAACCAUUCGAAAUGGAACCCAAGCAAACUGUCCAAUGGGUUUGAUAUCUCACUCAUCAAGCUGGAGCAAGAGGUGACUUACAGUGACACCAUCAAGCCUGCCUGUUUGCCUCCCGCUGGGUUCGUCCUUCCACACCAAUUCGGCUGCUAUGUAACAGGCUGGGGGAAUAUCCAGACCAAUGGCCCAGCACCAGAUAAACUGCAGCAGGGGCUCUUACUGGUGGUCGAUUACCCAACUUGUUCCCAGCGGGACUGGUGGUGGAAAAGCGUAAAUACCAACAUGAUCUGCGCUGGUGGGGACGGCAUCAUCUCAAGCUGCUACGGGGACUCUGGGGGACCACUCAACUGCAAGAAUGAUGAUGGUGCUUGGGAGGUCCAUGGUGUGGUCAGUUUUGGCUCAUCCGCUGGGUGCAAUUACUACAAGAAGCCCUCGGUCUUCUCUCGUGUCUCUGCUUAUAACAGCUGGAUAAGUGAGACUCUGAUCAACAACUAAGACACUAUGACAACAACCCUUUUCCCUGGCGUCCCUGAAGAUCAUAAUCUGCUGGAUUCCAACAAUGUUCAGUAGAAGUAAAGACGUAAAUGGGGGCAGGAUAUCCUGUCUGGCUUGUAACCAAUGGCUGUUAUUCAUUGUGUAUAGUGGAAACAUGCUCUUAAUAAAAACCUCCAUUAUUUGGCUUUAUCUUUCAUGAAUAAAAUAAUGUAGCAAUAAGUGUAACCUACACACGCCAGGUGAGAACAGGAGCACAAAUAAAAAUGAUACAACAACAA